CCUUUCUGGGAAAAAAUCAAUAACAGUAGCUGAUUAGUACAUCAUUUCUUUAAAUGUGUGUUAUUUAGUGUUUACAGAAGCGUCUUAGAGUAAUUAAACGUCAGGAAUGUGUGUGUUUUUGUUGAGUGUAUACACACACACAAACGCACAGAGAGAGCGAGAGAGAGAGAGAGGGAGAGAGAGAACAGAACAUCGACUUCACUCACAUCAUUCUCUCUCUCUCUAGAACAACACGACUUAUUUCACGUUCCUUUUCUCAUUUCAGCGCCCGCAAUAACACAAAAUGUCGUCGGUUCAAGCUGACAUUUAAAAAAAAAUCUCAUCAAGACAUUUUUAACGACACCGUUUAUUUUUCAAACGGGGAGACUCGCGUUUACCCCCUCCAUGUUUCGUCACUGGCUGAACUCCUCCGGCUCCUCCUUCCUCCUCCGUGUCUGUCCCUCUCUCAUCAGGGCCGGCUUCAGAAGCAGCAGUACCUCAUCCGCUUCCUCCUCCUUCCCCUUUCUCCCGCGAUUCACCCCCACUCCCCAUCCAUGGCGGUCCCGGCCACCGCCACCACACCCCUACUUCAGUGGCAGGGCAUUACACUCAAGUAACAUCAGCCGUGGUAACUUUGGCAGGAGCUGGCGUUCGCUCUAUACGUCUCCCGGCCUCCUCAUGGAGCGGCACGACAGAGAUCGAGAGCCUCCGCACAAACGGAGGAAGAAUGAGGAGGAGAAGAGGGGAGGAAAAGUCAAGGGUGGAACCUCGUGGACGGAGCAUCGUCGCUCGGAUCCCAGCGUGGACAUUAGCCCACGACAUAACCUUCACUUUAGAGACGGAGCGCGGGGCAGAGGGAGGAGUGAUGGCGUCAGGUGGGAAAACAGCAGAGAGAAAGAUGUUGAAAGGACUAAAAGUGAGAGUAAAGACAGACAGAGGAAAGACGGCAGCAGUCACGAUGGUCAGUGGAGGAGCAAACGUCAACAAGACGGACAUACAGACUCUCAGGCUACGACUCAAAUCCCAAAAUCUAGACCGGAGUCAGAUAAAGGUCCCACUCACAAACCAAGACCUAACGCCUGGUUCAAAGAGGAGCAGGGACAGUGUGACAGGAAAACGACAGCUCCACAGGAACCGCAGAGAAACAGAAGCAGUGGUCACAGUCCACGGAUGAAGCUUCACCCUCAGCCAUGCAGCGUCACUCACCACCCAAACCUGUGGCAGGAGGCCGGAGCAAACAGAGAACCUCCUCCACCUGGAACCUACACGACAACUCUUCAGAGACACUGGGAGGCCCCGCCCUCCUGCAGUACCCGCCGUCAGCCAGCAGAUGGCAGCACAGCCUUUGACUUCUCGGUGAUGUCGUACAACAUUCUGUCCCAGGAUCUGCUGCAGGACAAUGCUUACCUGUACAGACACUGUGACCCGGCCGUCCUGCCCUGGGAGCACAGGCUGCCCAACCUGCUGAGCGAGAUCCAGCAGCACGACGCCGACAUCUUGUGUCUUCAAGAAGUCCAGGAGGGACACUAUGAAAACCAGAUCAAACCUGCUCUGCAGACACUUGGUUACCAGUGUGAGUAUAAGAAGCGGACAGGAAGUAAACCUGACGGCUGUGCCGUCGUCUUCAAGUCGUCCCGCCUCUCCCUCGUCUCCGCCAACCCUGUCGAGUUCUUCCGCUGCGGCGACGCCCUCCUCGACCGCGACAACGUGGGCUUGGUGCUGCUGCUGCGACCCAACGGCGCCGCCCCAUCCACCGCCUCCAUCUGCGUCGCCAACACACACCUCCUCUACAACCCCCGCCGCGGCGACGUCAAGCUGGCGCAGCUCGCCGUCCUGUUGGCCGAGGUCGGCCGUCUGUCCCGCCGCCCGGACGGAUCCACCGACCCUGUUCUGCUCUGCGGGGAUUUUAACUCCACCCCCUGGAGUCCACUCUACUGCUUCCUGACCACGGGCUUCCUGGACUACAGAGGACUGCAGAUCGGCAUGGUUUCGGGUCAGGAGGUCGUCCCCAAAGGUCACCGUCUCGUCCCGUGUCCAAUCUGGUCUCAAAGUUUAGGAAUCAACACUCGGUGUCAGUACGAGGAGAGAGAAACUGCUGAGUCAUCGUCCAGUUGUCCUUCAGGGACGCUCGCUGUAGAGGGCGCCAUCUCUAAUCUGACUGUGGAAGACGUGGCUUCUAAACCUGCUGCUGCUUUUAACAGGAAGAGGAUCGAGCACAGUCUGAAGCUGCAGUCGUCGUAUCGACAUCACCUGAUGCCUGGCGGCAGACCUGAGAUUACCACGUGUCACUCUCGCACGGCCAUGACGGUGGAUUACAUCCUGUUUACUCCAGAAGACUUCUUGGCUCCUCCCACGUCGUCUCCCGGCGACCGCGGCCUGCAGCUGCUGGGCCGGCUGUCGCUGGUCGGUCAGUCUGACCUGGAGGAAGUCAACGGUUUGCCUAACCGCCGCCACUCGUCCGACCACCUCCCGCUCCUCGCACGCUUCCGCCUGCGUCUCUGAACGCGGCCGACGUCAGCUGAUCUGGACCACGACGAAGACGAAGACGAAGACGACGAAAUCAGAGCUAAAGACGUUGGAGUAAAGUCAGUUUUUGAUUAGUCGAGUUCGUCUCUUUCAGGGAACAAUCGUGUGACGUUCAGGAAGAAUUCAGUAAAAACCACAAUGAAGUUAAAUCAGAGACUUUAAUUCAGAGAAUGUUUGAAUAUUUCUGCAGUAGAAAUGUUCAAACCUCAAAACCCUUUUUAGAUUUUUAGAUUCAUAACCGCAGUUGUCAUGGCUACCAGCUGAGCUUAAUAUAUGACUCGGCUCAUAAAGUCAACACCUGCUCUAAGUUUGUAAACCGCUCACUCUCCCACACCAAAGCCCAGAGAGAAAAACAGUGAUUGUAGCGGACGGAGACAAAGGAGCUGCUGCUCUACUGCUGCCUCGUGUGGUCACUUUGUGUCACUGACGUAAAUCCAAAUGAAUUUGACAAAAUAAGACAUUAGAACUUAGUGAUGGAGGCAGCAGUGGAUCAAUAGCUCCUGUGUGUGUGAUGUGCUGUGAUGUUAAAAUCAGUGAUUUUCUCUGUGGGCUUUGGUGUGGGAGAGUGAGCUCUGCUGGCAGCCAUGUUUUCAGCGAGAGUGAAACUUUCUUAUACUGAUUGUCAGCAGCAGGGGGCGCCCACAGCACAAACUUUACAGCAGCAAAUACCCAUAAUUUGACCUAAUCUUCAGAUUUCUUACAUAUUUAUGGAGUUGCUGUUUUUGUCAUGACAUGAAUCAACAGAGGGACAAAAUGAUUAAAUUAUUAUUAAUUUUUAAACGGCUGCUCAUGAAGACAUAUUUUAAAUCGUAGAGGUUUGUGUUUGAACAUAAACAGUGAUGGAUCUAUUUUUCUAUCCUUGUAAAAAGAGUUAUUUUCCACUUUUGGAAAGUUUACAGUUUGUAAAUAAAAGAAUUGUUUGUCA